AAAGAAAAAUGGACCAAUGAGGCUGCUGGGAUCUAGCUUGCUAAUAAAAACACAAAAACACCAAAAUCGACCUUUCUCCUCCACUCACAAAAAACGCCCUUGCUUGGUCCAUUUCAAACAAUUCUUCUUUGCGAUAGUUGCUUCUUCGUGCCCAUGAAGGCCUCUCCUUCCAACAAGCGACAAGGUGAUGCUCAACCAGAGGACUCGAAUCCUUUGAAGAAGAGGACAGAUGUCAAGGGGCGAGGAGGAGAUUCGGUCGAGGAUGCCUCCAAUAGGGGAGGACAUCAUGAGCCCGACCACACCACUGUGGUGGAGCCAGCUCUCACGGGGGAGCAGAGGUUGUUGUUGAUUGUUCAAGAUGUCCUCUGUAUUGUUUCGGAAAAGGAUUUUGACGAUUUCUGAGAACAAGGGCAAUGAACCAAGGGCAUGCAUCCACAUGUACCGGUACGCAACAGACUACCUAAUUUUGAACUACAAAGACCAAACCGCAUGAUGGGUGCUUCUUCAGAAGCUAGCUAGAAGUUAAUUUCUACAUAAAACAUAACAAUUGCAUU